AAAUGGAUGUCUCUAAUAUCCUCGCAUCUCAUGCAGCAAAAUUCCAAUCCAUAGAUGUGGAAAAAGAGACACCUCUCGAUGUGGACACUGGUUUCCUAACAGUCACAGACCUCAAUCCAAUAGAUGAAGACUCGUACAGCACAAAUCUCGAGGAAUAUCUCCAAUCAACAGCUCGUGAUGGGAUACAAGCCCUGAUCGCCUCGCUUUACUCCCUCCCCACAAAACCCUCCCCCCGUGCUACCCCCUCCUACAACCCUCCUUCCUAGAGAAAAACCCCUCCCUAAACCAAAACCACCGACUAAGUGGGAGCGCUUCGCCUCUGCGAAAGGUAUCCAGAAGAAGGUUCGCGAGAAGAAGAUCUGGGAUGAAGAGAAACAAGAAUGGGUUAACAGGUGGG